AUGCUCCUGUCUGCUACUCUAACUCAUGAUCCUGAACCGCUUAAAAGAUUCCGCUUAAAUUUCCCUCGUCUAUUUUUGGCCGAAGGCAACGAGUUUAAGGAACCACUUCUCACCUCAUCAGAGCAAGAAAUCGAUGCUUCGAAGUAUCAGUCAAAGAAGGUGGUUCUUAAUGGGAAUAAAGAAACCACUUCUGAACCGCUUGUUGGUACUGGAGGUGUCGGCGUAUUCUCAACUCCUUCGGGACUGAAAGAAUUCUUCGUCGAAUUGGUUGAGAGGCAGAGGCCGAUGUUUUUGGUUCACCUCGUCAGGAAGUUGGGACAUGAGCGAAUUCUCUGCUUCACAAACUCUCGUGAAGAGAGCAAGCGUCUGGCCGCUGUACUGAAUCACUUUGAUGGCAUUAAAGCCCGUGCCUUGAAUGCUGGUAUGCCUUUGCGGAAGCGAACUCGUUUGUUGUCGGCUUUUGCUGAUGGCGAAAUGCACUUAUGA